UGGUCCAAAACCCCAUCUUCUCCAUCCCUGCUGCCAAAGAACCCGCGCUUACCCUACUAGUUAUUGGUUGAUGCUAGUGGGGUCACAUGAGAUCUCCGCUGUCGUCUCGGUUCGUUGACGCGGGUAGCGUUGCGGUAGGUGAGUUUUAGAGACAGGAAAAAAGAAGGGGGGAGAAAGAAGAGGAGGCGAAGCAGCGGUCGCGGUGGGUGAGGUCAGGAAUCGAUGGCGCAGGGACAGGGUGCGAUGCCGACGCCGUCACCGACUCCGGCGACGAAUCCGCCGCAGGCGGAUGUCCCACCUGCGGCUGUGGGGCGGCAGCAGCAGGGUUACGCGGUGGAGUUGUACUUCGACCCGGCGCUGGAGAACCAAGUGCUGAAGGCGUGGAACGUGCUCGCCCGCCGGCAGAUCAGCACGCAGCUCAUCGAGAUGGCCGCCCGCCCCCACCUCACCCUCCUCUCUGUCCCCACCCUCGAUCCCCUUCGCCUCCACGCCGCCCUCCGCUCCCUCGCCGCCCGCCUCGAUCCCCUCCCCCUCACCCUCUCCUCCGUCGGUGCCUUCCCUUCCUCCUCCUCCUCUUCCUCCUCUGACGCAGGCGUUCUCUUCCUCGCCCCCACUCCCUCGGCUGCCCUCCUGCACCUCCACUCCCAGCUCUGCGAGACCCUCCGCAAGGAAGGCGUUGAGGCUCCGGAGGAGUUCCGCCCCGAUUCCUGGGUGCCUCAUUGCUCCGUCGCCCAGGACGUUCCCCGGAGCAGGAUCGCCGACGCCUUCUGCAUUCUCCGGGAUCUCAAGCUGCCCGUGUCAGGGUACGUCAUGGACAUCGGCCUUGUGGAGUUCUCGCCCGUGCAGGAGAUCGUCUCCUUCCCCCUCGGGAGUGGUUCGGAAGCAUGAGGUACAUCACUUCUUCUUUCCC